AAUUCUUGUCCCAGUCCGCCCCUAGUCACAGUAAAAUGAAAGUGAAAUCUAGAAUUAUGUCGAGCAUAUGCAGUUGAACAAAGACUGCAGGUAUACAUUUGCUCAUUUGAGAAUCCGGUUGACAAGUAGUUGAACAGACCUGAAACACUGGACAAAGAUAUGGCGGGAAACGGCACUUCAAAACCAGCAUCCCCAGCCCCAGCCCCAGCUCCACCUAAAGUUUUUGACAAACCAUGGAGGAACACACCGUGGGGUGGAAGAGAUCAGUUGUUGGAGGACCUGAAGGCAUAUGUUCCACGUAACCCUGGCAUAGAACAUGUUAGGAUUCUGCUAAGUGGACCAAUCGGAGCGGGCAAAUCAAGCUUCAUCAACUCCAUCAACAAUGUCUUUCAGAAUAAAAUGACAAUGAAAGCCCAGGUUGAUUCUGCUAUGGCUGAUAAAAGCUUCACCACAACAUACAUAACACACAAAAUUGAGAAUCGAAAAACUGGAUCUUAUUACCCAUUUAUCUUCAAUGAUGUCAUGGGUUUUGAGAACCAGAAUGGCAAAGGAGUGCAUGAAGAUGACCUUAAGAAAGCACUGACAGGACAUGUGAAAGAGGGUCACAAGUUCAAUCCGAGUCAUUCAUUGACCGAGGGCGAUUUGGGCUACAAUAAGUCCCCCAGUCCAAGUGACAGAGCCCACUGCCUGGUCAAUCUGAUUCCAGCAGAUAAGAUUGCUCUCAUGGAUGAUGAGGUCAUCAAGAAGAUGAGGGCCAUUAGAUUAGUGGCCAGUGAAUUGGGAAUUCCCCAAGUGGUCAUCCUCACCAGGGUUGAUAUAGCUUGUCCAUUGGUGAAAGAAAACUUAAGAAAUAUGUAUCUAAGCAAGUAUAUCAAGGAGAUGAUGGAGAAAUGCAGUAUAAAGCUGGGCGUCCCAGUGAACUGCAUCUUUCCUGUGAGGAACUACCAUGAGGAAAUCGAAUUGGACGAAGACAUGGAUGUGCUGUUAUUUAGAGCACUGAAGCAGAUGGUCGACUUUGGAGACGAUUUCCUAAAGGAGAUGGAACAAUCUUAAAUAAGACUUGUGCCUAAGCUAUCGACACCAUCUGUGUGAAGCAUGCCCGACAUAGAAUAACAGGGAUUGUGGUCUCAGCCAUAUUUAAAAAUGGCAAAUACAGCUCCCCAUUGAUAUAGUGAGAUAGUUAUUAUUACGGCGCAUUUCAUUCUAAUAAUAAUACAGCAUCAUCAUCUAAAUGUUGAUAAUACGAUCUGAGUUCUCCAUUGAUGUCUGUUUAUCUGAGUUUGAUUGGUUAUAUACCUAGGAAUUAAUGUUGAUAUUAAAAGGCUAGGCGUCCCGCUAGCGGGACACCUGUCGACAACUUCCGGUGAAAUUGGAGGGUGCGCAAUUCAAAUAAAUAAUCAUAACAAUUAUGGAUAUUAAAAAUAUUGUAGGUACAUACAAGUAUCUUAUAUCGGUUAAAAUAUUAAAUUAUUUUUAAUCUAAUUGCAUUGUCCGAUUUACAAUAGGCCUUACAGUGAAAGCAUGCCAUGCAAUUAUUUAAGGACGGCGCCCCACAUCAAAAUAUUUUUCAACCAGCACAUGCUUCAUAAACUCACAAAUAGCGAUGAAAUAUUCACUUACUUUUUGAAAAUCUUCCUCUGAUUUGCAAUCCAAAGGGUCCCAGCCUCCCAAAAGUCAGUUUAGUUGGUGCCAUUGAUUUGAGUAAUCCACUCGUUCAACAUGCAGAGAAAGGAAUCCAAAAAGCUACCGCUGAACUUUAAAACAAGUCAAAAUAAGUUUCUAUUUAAUCCUCAGGUACCCUAAAAUGUAAUUAAACUAUAAUAUUUAAUCCAGAAAGAAGUAUGUUCAAUAGAAAAAUUAAAAAAUUAACAGACUGAUUUCCAACUCUGGGUUCCUGUAUCAAAACUCAAUUAUUCCUCGUUUGGGAAGAAACAAGCCUGAAACCUUGAAAAAAAGACUGUUGACAUCUAGGGGAAGCCAUAUAAAUUGCAAUCUGGGAGCUGGAAUUGCAUACCCCAUAGCUUUCCAUUGUAAGAGUAUGGAAUCUCAAAACGUAUAUAUUUCUGGGUGGCUUUUCUUUGGAUUUUCUCCUACCAUAUCAAUUGUGUUAUAGUCUCAAACAUUAUUUUAACAUUUCUACAAACGUCAAAGUGUUUCCUAUCCAAUGGUACCAAUUAUAUGCAAAUAUUGGCCUCUGGCCCUGAGUAACAGGCAGUUUACAGAAAUUCAUAAAAAAUACCCUAGCCUGAGUAAGAUAUGUGUUGAUGUCUGUUUUGAGCUGAGUUUGAUUAUACCUAGAAAUUCCUAGAGGUGCAUGCCAUGUUUGUUUUGUGAAAAGACUUAUUACAAGUGACUUGCAGCCAAAA